UUUAGUCAGGAAUUCCAUACAUGACACAACCAUUUGUCUGACUAAGUGCACCGAGCUCGUUAAGAAAAUGUGACUUGUGAAUAAUUUAAAUUCACACCGUGGGAGUUUGAGACGGAGCUUCCUGUAAAUGUGAUUUACAUCUGAAGCUAGAAACGUCCAUUUCCUGUCUCCUCCUCUGAGCUCCUGUGAACACGUCUUGAAGGUGGAAGAACAUUUAAAAGAGAAAGUAUUUCAGACGUUUUUUAAAUGUUUUUAUUUUGUGUUUGCGAUGACUAUUCAAACAGGCAAAGAUACAGAAUGUAUUUUUUGUAACUUUUCUUGUGCAUUUACUUGGUCUACCUAAAGGUUAACUGCAGUGUCGGUCAAGCAUGAAGCUUGAACUGACUUUGCAUUUGUGUACGACACAUGUUCCGGCCCCUCUUCAAGCAAACAGUAACUUCCUCUUCUUUCGGGGUGAUGUCAGUUACUUUGUGCUGCUGUUUGUUCAGCUAUCGGAUCUCAGAGUAACGUGUGUGCUAGCCAAAUGGAGACCUCAUGAAGUUGCAUCUGGCAUUUAUUUACUUGAAAGACUUUAAAGAGGAGCCCAGCCGGCAUGAUGGUAUUAACAACAUGCAUGGAUGGUUCCAAAAACUGUUUAAAUCUCAAAAAACUUUACCAAUGCAAAAUGAGAAAGGUAAAGCAGCUGAAAAACCAGAGUGUAAAUCCUCCUCCUCCGCUGCAACAUCAGACGGGACCGCUCUUACUCAACCACAGCCGUCGACACUCGCUCCGAGUUCAGAGCUGAGGUGGAAACGGAAAUAUGACGUGUUUGUGUGCCACAGCUCUGCCCAGAGGGACAUUGAGGAGGCCCAACGACUGGUGUCGUUCCUUGAGACUCCGCCCCGCAGCCUCCGGUGCUUCCUGUGGCACAGGGACUCCUGUCCGGGAGGUGCUAUGUUCACAGAGUUUUGUAACGCAGUGGAGAACAGCCACAUACGGGCUCUGCUCAUCACUCCCAGCUUUGUCCAGGAUGACUGGUGCAGUUACAUGAUGCACCAGGCCCUGGCCGAGGGACCCAUGUCCAACAGGAUGAUACCGCUGCUUCAGGACCUAGCCCACUCCCAGUACCCACAGGAACUCAAGUUCUACUACUACAUCGACCUGAGCAGGAAUCCUGACCAUGGCUUCAGUGUCGUCAACAAGACCGUACAAAGCUAUCUGGAGAAGUUGAUCCAAAAUGACAAGAAACUGAGUUGCAGCCUGGGCAGCUCAAGCUGCGGAUCAGAUGGGGGAGACAAGAUGCAAGAAAGCAACUUGAUGCUCGUGCAAAGCACCGUGGAGCCUUCUGCUCCACUUGAAGGGAUGCAGCACAGAGAUUAAAGCAUCAGAGUGGUUUGCUGUGACCAAGACUAAAAUGUAAUUAUGGUGCACUAAACACACUGCGGGUGAUGACUAAACCCAGGUUACAGAUCCCUUUGGUCACGUCCCACACUGCUUUGAAGAACCGUCAAGCCCCUGGGACUAUCUUAGUCACGUUGGGUGUGUGCUGAAGAUGUCCGCUCUCACCAAAAGCAAGUCCUAUUCUUUGUACAGCACUGUGGGUUGUUUUCUCUCUCUCCGUUCUAAACAGAUUUUUUGCAAAAGCAACAAAAAUCCCCCCGUACUAUCAACCUAUUCAAUUAUGACCCCUCUCGAAGCUUGGCCUGAAGUGAGAUUAAAGAGAAAAGUUUAGUUUUCAUAUAGUAAAUCAUGUAUACUUGUAUAGCGCUUUAUCAAAUCCGACGACCCUGAAGCACUUUAUACUCAAUCAGGUCGUUUCCCCAUUUAUACACACAUUCACAACCUGGAGGUGGUAAGCUAUUAUGGAUCCACAGCUGCCCUGGGACCAGGCUGACAGAAACAAGGCUGCCAGACAAUCCUCUGACCACCGACAGAGGAUCCGUUUUUUUUUAUCAAAUAGGUUCUCAGAAUUAUCUCAA